AUGGCGAACCCAAGAGUCGAGGAACUUCCCGAGGACGACGUCCCCAAGGCCGGUGUUGAGGACGCUGGCGACAGCUCCGACUCUGAAGCUGGCGAGGAGCCCACCAUCCCCGGCGGAGCUGCCGUUACCAUUCACUCUCGCAACGAGAAGAAGGCUCGCAAAGCCAUUGCCAAGCUUGGCUUGAAGCACGUCCCUGGCAUUACCCGUGUCACUCUCCGCCGACCCAAGAACAUCCUCUUCGUCAUCAACCAGCCUGAUGUCUACCGCUCUCCUUCCUCAAACACCUGGAUCAUCUUCGGUGAGGCCAAGAUCGAAGACUUGAACGCCCAGUCCCAGGUCAACGCUGCCCAGCAGCUUGCCGCCGCCGAACAAGCCGCCAACGCUGACGCACACGCCGGUCACGACCACUCCCACGACGGCAAGGGCAAGGCCUCCGAGACUGACGACAAGAAGGAAGAAGAGGAGGACGAUGGAGAGGAAGUCGAUGACUCUGGUCUGGAGGCCAAGGACAUUGAGCUCGUCAUGGCUCAAGCCAAUGUUUCCCGAAAGAAGGCUGUCAAGGCUCUUAAAGAGAACGACAACGAUAUCGUCAACUCCAUUAUGGCGCUCAGCAUAUGA